AUGGGAAUUAUAUCUGGAAACAUUGCGUCAGUUGUUGUUGAUGACGAUAAUAAUAGAGGUGGAGGUCGUGGCGGUGGUGAAGGAGGAUAUCAAAUCUGUGUUUUAUUAGAAGAAGAUGAUGGUGGUGAUGGUGGUGGUGGUGAAGGAAGAUACCAUAUCUACAAUGAUAGUGGUGGCGACGGCGAUGAAGGAGGUUCGAAUGAUGAAAUAAAAUCAGUCUUGAAGAUAGUGGUGGUUAUGGUUAUUGUGGUGUUGGUGGAAAUUCUGUGUGCUGGUGGUGUUGGUGAUGCUGGUGAGGUUAGAACAAUGAAUUUUGAUGAUGGAGAUUGUGUUGGUUCUGGUUGGAAUGAUGAAUUAAAUUUGUUGUUGACACCUAAUAUUGAUGGCGGCGGCGGCGGUGGUGGUGGCGGCAACAACAACAAUGGUGGUGGUGUGUGGCGGUGGUGGAAUAUUAUUGGUGGUUGUAUUUAG